AUGUUUGCGUACGAGAAACGCCGCUUUGCAGAGGCAGUCGACAACAACCUCACUGCAAAACGAAAGUGGUCCUGUCGAGAUGUGUACUCGACUGGCUUAAUGGAGGCAUGCUUUCCUGCUUCUUUUGUAGUCCUUGCAUGCGUCGUCGCCCAUGAGAUCAGUCAAGGCCAGGCGUCGCCAGGAGACUUUGUUUUCCUCAUACAGUACUGGGAUUAUCUCAUUUGGCCGAUCAAGUAUUUGACCAAGGAUUACAGGUGGCUGAUCGGAGACUUGAUCGAUGCUGAACGGCUGCUGGACCUGCUUACCACCAAGCCGACGGUGCCUGACAAGUGCGACGCGUUCGAUCUUGGUCCGGUCCAGGGAUACGUUGAAUUUCAGAAUGUGUGCUUUGCAUACAACACCAAGGACCCAGCUAUCCGUGAUAUCAAUAUCUCUGCAGCGCCCGGGGCCAUCAUCGCCUUAGUUGGUGCCACCGGAGCUGGAAAGUCUUCGCUAGUGAAGCUAUUACUUCGCCAUUACGAUGUAACGUCCGGGAGUAUCAUGAUCGACGGCCUUGAUAUUCGCGACGUAACAAAAAGUUCUCUGCGGGAUGCUUUGGGCAUUGUACCGCAAAACCCGAUCCUUUUCAACGCUUCGAUUAAGGAUAACCUUCGGUACGCCAAUGUGGAUGCCUCCGACGAAGAGAUAUAUCGAGCAUGUCAAGCAGCUGCCAUCCAUGACAAGAUUCUCACUUUUCCACAGGGCUACCAGACCAAAGUCGGUGAGCAGGGUGUCAAAUUAUCUGGCGGCGAGGUCCAGCGCCUAGCGAUUGCGCGAGCUAUUCUGAAGAAUCCACCCAUUCUCAUACUGGACGAGGCCACCAGUGCUGUCGAUACAGAAACAGAGGCCAAAAUACAGGAAGCGCUCAGAUAUCUCAUCAAGGACCGGACUACUUUCGUUAUCGCACACCGGCUUUCAACGGUGGUCAAGGCAGAUCGCAUCUUUGUGCUGGAAAACGGUAGCAUUGCUGAAAGUGGGACCCAUCGGGAAUUGCUUGAAAACCAAGGUCGAUACUACAGCCUCUGGCAUACACAACUGCAUGAAAACGGGGAUCCUAUGAUGUUGGAUAUAGAGUCUACUGACUGA